UCAUUUUUAUUCAUAUUUGAUAAUAACUUGUUUAAUAAACAUGUCUAGCGUAUUGCACGGGAAAUUGGCACUUAUAACUGGGGCUGGCUCAGGUAUAGGUAGAGCAACUUGCCAAGUUCUUGCAAGAAAUGGUGCUCAAAUAAUUGCAGUAGAUGCGAAUGAAAUUUCUGCUAAGCAAACCAUCGAUACUUUAUCUAAUAGUCAACAAAAUAUAAGUUUAAAAGUGAAUGUGGAAGAUUCAAAUUCUGUUAAGAAAUGUUUACAAACAAUUUUAAAUCAACUUUAAAAGCCACCGACUGUGAUAGUCAAUUGUGCGGGAAUUACAAGAGAUAAUUUUUUACUUAAAUUAUCAGAAGAAGAUUUUGAUGAAGUUAUCAACGUCAAUUUAAAAGGAACUUUUCUUGUUUUACAAACAUUUGCUAACGUCUUGGUCGAAAAUGAAGUCAAAAACGCGUCUAUAAUAAAUUUAGCAAGUAUAGUAGCAAGAAAUGGUAAUAUGGGACAAUGUAAUUAUGCUGCAAGUAAAGCUGGGGUGGAAUUAAUGACUAAGACGGCAGCAAAAGAACUUGGAAAGCUUGGGAUUCGUUGUAACACCGUUUUACCAGGAUUUAUAUCCACCCCAAUGACCGACGCUGUUCCUGAGAAAGUAAAAGUGAAAUUGCUUGCUGGAAUUCCUUUAGGAAGAAUGGGAAAACCUGAAGAAGUUGCAGAACUGAUUGCUUUUCUUGCCUCAGACAAUAGCUCAUACAUAACAGGGAGUUCAAUCGACAUAACAGGUGGAUUAACAUAAUAAUAUGAUAAUGUGUUAUACAAAUAUAUUGUGUAUACUCAUAUUUUACAAUUAUAACAAGUAACUACUGUUUA